ACCCGACCGCUUCUGGAGGUCACGUGCUCCUCCGUGAGGAGGACCACGUGACCGGUUCUUAUAGGCUGGUUAGACAGCGGCGGGGUGCACGUGCACGUGUCCGGUGGUUCCGUGGUGGAUGACACACAUGAACACACAGGUGUACGUCAUAACGCAGUAAUAACGGUGUGUUGUUGUUGUUGGGAUCAUUACGUCACUGAACCUUAACUGCUGCUAUUGGUUCCCAGUUUGCUCAAGUCAUUAAGAGUUCAAUUAGAAAUCAGAGGCAAUGUCACGUGACGGCUUCAGCGUGACUGCUGCAACGAUAUGACGUCAUCGGCCCACGAUGCUGUCAGGGCCCAGGUGUGAGGAGCAGUCUGUCUACAGAGGCCCGGGGCUCUGCAGGAACACCUGGUUACUGGACACUGUUUGUGUUUGAGUGGUGCGUUCAGGGCCCAUCAGACAUCACAGAAGGCGCCCUCAGACAUUCCUCUGGGCCUGAGUCUGUCUGUUGUUUCUGGAGUCAGUUCAGCUGAGAGGAGGAGAGAGUUAUUAAACCAGUCAUGCCGUGGGGAGGAGGUAACAGGUGCACGGCGUGCGGCGGGACGGUGUACCACGCCGAGGAGGUUCCAUGUGACGGGAAGAGCUUCCACAAGAGCUGCUUCCUGUGCAUGGUGUGCAGGAAGGCUCUGGACAGCACCACGCUGGCCAUCCACGGCCAGGAGAUCUACUGCCGGUCCUGCUACGGGAAGAAGUACGGCCCCAAAGGCUACGGCUACGGCGGGGGGGCCGGGGGCCUCAGCACGGACCGGGGGGAGCGGCUGGGCAUCAAGCAGGAGGAGACUAAGACUCACAGGCCGACCACCAACACCAACACGUCCAAAUUCGCCCAGAAGUUUGGAGGAUCAGACAAAUGUCGUCGCUGUGGAGACGCCGUGUUCGCAGCGGAGAAGAUCAUGGGGGCCGGAAAGCCGUGGCACAAGAACUGCUUCCGCUGUGCUAAGUGUGGCAAGAGCCUGGAGUCCACCACGCAGACGGAGAAGGACGGGGAGAUCUACUGCAAAGCGUGCUACGCCAAGAACUUCGGGCCCAAAGGCUUCGGUUACGGCCAGGGAGCCGGCGCUCUGGUCCACGCUCAGUGAGCCUCCUCUUCCUUCUUCCUCUUCCCUCCUUCCUUCUUCCUUCUUCCUCCACACAAAUAAACAAACUUUAACCAACUGAAA